CCGACCGGCUCGUGUCACUCAAAAGACGUCAGAUUGCCCCAAGAUGGCGACCACCAGUGGGAGCGGCGAUAGCAACGCGGCUGUGAGCGGCCGCAAGCACCUAGGUAUCCCCCAGGCUGUGUUUGUGGAAGAUGUUAUUGCAUUUAUGAAGCAGCCAGGUAAUGAGACAGCAGACCUAGUGCUGAGGAGGCUAGACGAGCAAUACCAAAAAUACAAGUUCAUGGAACUGAAUCUAUCGCAAAAGAAAAGAAGGCUAAAAAGUCAAAUCCCAGAAAUUAAACAAACGUUAGAGAUUUUAAAACACAUGCAGAAGAAAAAGGAUUCCACAGAUCCAAUGGAGACGCUGUUUUUACUCGCAGAUAACUUGUAUGCUAAAGCAUCAAUCACUCCUACAGACAAAGUGUGCUUAUGGUUGGGGGCUAAUGUAAUGCUUGAAUAUGAUAUUGAUGAGGCUCGAGCAUUACUCGAGAAGAAUCUGACAACUGCAACCCGUAAUCUGGAAGGACUAGAAGAAGACCUGGACUUCCUUCGAGAUCAGUUCACUACCACAGAAGUCAAUAUGGCAAGAGUUUAUAACUGGGAUGUUAAAAGGAGAAGUUCUGAAGCAGCCUCUAAAAGUAGCGCAUAGUUCACAAAAACACGUUUUUACACAGUUUACAAAACUCACUUUUGCUUUCUUUAAAAAACAUCCACCAAUUUGGCAACAUUUGUGUUUGGAAAGCUGCAGUUAUUUUAGUCUUUGGAAACAAAGAAAAAUUGAAUGUUAAACCUAAGAACAGGCAAGAGACUGAAACUACAGAUAUGUAGACAUACUGGUUUAUUGCAUGCUUAUAUGGCAUUUGUGGAAGUGGAAGGAAAGAUAUAAAGUACAGGUUCAAAAUGUAUUGUUGUUGCCAGUUUUCACAACAAGCCACACUUGCUGCAGUCUUGCAGCCCAGUCGUACAGACAGUGGACAUCUUGUGUAUCCAUGCAACUGGUUCUUGCUGUGAUACGAUACCUGUAAAGAUUUUGUAUGGUUCUAUCAUGAGGUGUUAAUAAACUGCUGAACAGAA